AUGGCAACCUCACAACAAUAUCGUUAUUCCUCUCCGCCAACUGCAUUACAGUUUUGUCACUCAGAUAGUGAUGACGACGAUAUUGAUACGAAGGAAGAUGAGCAAGACAACAAUUCUCCAUCCUUGGUGGGCUCCGACAUGGAGUACCAGUGUGAAUCCGAUACUGAAUCGGAAAGUGCUGAUUGUUCUGAAAGAAAAUUCCAGUCUAGCAGUACCAAAGCAAACCAGAAGAUGAAGUCUUCCGUGCGAGUGCGAGUAUGGGAGGAGGAGGAGGAGAUUACCCUUUUAGAAGGUUUAAUUUCACAUAAAUCAGGAAAUUUCAAUAUUGAAAUCACCAAGUCACUCCCCAAUAAGUCAAAAACGCAAAUAAAGGAUAAAGUCAGGCGAUUGAAGGAGAAGUGUCAAAAGUGGAAGGCCGGCAAAUUUGCAAGUCCCCAUGAGAAGAGGUUACACAACUUAUCAAAGAAAAUUUGGGAAGUUGAUCUUACAAGAGGUGAACACGAGAAAAAAUCGAUUAAUGCUGAUGCUGUUGGUGAUGAUAAAUCGAAAACCACUAGUGAUACGGAGGACAUGGUGCAUGUAAAUGAUGAUGUUAUUAUUAAGGCGUUUGAUGAAUAUUUAUUGCGCCGGUCACUUAAGAUUAAUGAAGCAGAAGGAAAAGAACGCUUGGAAUUGCUGGACAAGUGGAGGAAAGUCGCAUAUAAUGAAGCUCGACAAAAGUUGGCCAUAGCCGAGUUUGCACUAGAGUUGCAACAAUAUAAACUCGAUGGCUACAAUAAAUGCUAG